AUGAUCUUACGCGCAAUCUCUGAAGCUUUGACAAUAUUUAGAGACGGAGGAAAAGUACACAGAAUUUCGGUCCCGUCUGAUUUCACAACUAUCCGAAUCACCGGCUUGCCACAGGAUGCCAACAUUGAGUACAUUGAGACAAUGCUAGCUAGACUCGACCUUGGAAUAUCUAAAACUUGCAUUCGAAUUACUAGCAUUGGUAAUCCGCCCUCCGUUCUUGCCUAUCUGCGAAAUGAAGAUUCCACUGUCGGCUCGGUUUUAAGCGAAGAAUUGGAGUCUGGUUGGAGUAAAAUUAAGAUGUACUCCAAACUAAAGGCGAGCCCAGUCCCUACAAGUUUGUCUCCCGUCUCUGGAUUUUCAAGUGAAGUCGACUUUCAUGAAGUAUUUUUGUCUUGGUAUCGAUCUUCUAAGAUGGCCGUCCUGAAAUGUGCAAAUGAGGAUAUCGCGAAUAUGAUAUGCAUCAACUUUAACGACGGUUACUACAGAGUUGUAGGCAAACAUUUGGCUUGCGACUCGCCAAUCAUCUCUCACAUCUUGACCGAUCAAAAAUAUAGAUUCCUAUGUAUCUUGAAGAACGUACCGGUGUUUGCAGACAAAGAGGACAUCUUAGGUGCGAUGGAUGAGAAAUACCGACCAGCUGAAUUAGAAAUUGGCAGACCGAGCUAUGAAGCAUUUGACGAAGUAUCUCGUGAAUAUGUUGAGAAAUUCUGCUCAGCCAUUGGCCCCGUAGAGUCUUGGGAUCCUGUUCAAGACCCGGCAGCUAAGAGAGUUAAAGUAAGGGUACGAUUGCAACACGAGUCAGAUGCCCGGGAGGCGAUUACACAAUUGAACCAUAGAAAUAUUGAGAUAUUAGGAAAAGGAAAAAUCAUGGCUCAACAAAUCAUUUCGACUCGUUUUAAGGUCACCACAAAGAUUUACUUGGCUGUACAAUCGCAAUUUGAAGAAGAAAAGAAGUUACUGAUAGAGCAGCGAAUUGCCAUCAGAGCAUACCCAAGUACUGAUGUUGCGAAGAAGUUCACAACUUUAAAGAUUGAAGGGGAGCCCGGAGAGAACUUUGCCAACGCCAAGAAUAAGCUGGAGAAGGUAUUGAUCGGUACGGUGGCUCUGGUAGCGGGUAAGCCAGUUUGGGAUGAUUACUUCAUGCAACCAAUUGGAUUGAUGAAGAUCAAGAGAGUUGCAAGCGAUUAUAACAUUGUUAUUGAUCGAGACAGAGAAAGAAAACAACUUCGGCUUUACGGUUCGCCCAAAAAUAUCGACUGCGCUCAACACACACUUCACAAAAUCAUCACAUCGGGAGUAGAAGGCUAUGCUAUUAAGCUCACUCCAUGUGACUUUUCGUGGGUAGCAGGUGGCGGAUUUGAUCAAAUCGUAUCAGUUCUUGGAAAAGAUGUUGCUUCAAUUGAUAUAUUGUCGAAUCCGAAGAAGAUAUUACUUGCUGGUAAUCCUAAGAUCUACCACACCGCCAUGGCAGUCUUAAAGUCCAGGAACGCUGCUGCUGGCAAGAUUGACAAGAUAAAGACAAGCGACGAUAAGGACAAGUGCAGCGUUUGCUGGUGUCCUGCUGAGUGUCCAAUCCGUACCAAGUGUGGCCAUUUGUACUGCCUCCAAUGCUUUGAGCAUCUAUGCUCCUUGAACACAUCUGGCGACCAACAUGUAUCUAUCAAUUGUACUGCUAUCAGAUGCGAUGUUGUUCUCUCUCUGCAAGAGAUUGAGCAAAAUUUACCAUCCAGAAGUUUUGAGCAGGUACUUGAGGCAUCGUUCACUUCGUACAUUCGUCAUCAUCGCGAUGAUUUUCAUUAUUGUCCAACUGCAGACUGUGAACAAGUCUACCGGGUCAAUAUCUCCACCAAGUCCCACACUUGUGCUAGAUGUCUCGUUGAGACUUGUAUCCCAUGCCAUGCGUCUCAUCAAGGCCAAACAUGUGCAGACUACAAAUAUAAGAAACAUGUUGGAGAUGAAGCGCAUGUCAAGGAUGAAGAAAAUGUUCUAAUGAUUUGA